AUGUCAUCUAAAAUGCUUGCCGGAAAGGUCAUCGCCGUGACUGGUGCCGCACGGGGUAUCGCUCGCGGUACCGCUAUCUACCUCGCCGAACGGGGAGCUAUAUUAUCUCUAUCAGACAUUCUUGAAAAAGAAUUAGAGGAACUAGCUAACGAGAUCACGUCGAGGUACCCCGACGUGAGAUUACUUGCUUCGGUUAUCGAUAUAGCAGAUGGGGAUAAGGUAGAUGAAUGGGUUAAGAAAACUGUCGCUGAAUUUGGCUCUCUUCACGGCGCAGUUAAUUUCGCAGGCAUUUUCCACAGUAAGACUGAACAUUUCGUCGAUAUCAAGGAUGAGGAUUGGCAUAGGAUUAUGGCGGUUAACUUGACGGGAACUAUGUUCUGUAUGAGAUCCGAAAUCGCGGUGAUGGAGAAGGGCGGGAGUAUUGUGAACGCGUCGAGCACGGCAGGCCUGAUGGCAGGCCCUGGUUUUGUCGCGUACGCAGCAUCAAAGGCGGCAAUCAUCUCUCUAACCAGAUCGGCCGCAAAAGAGAUUGGUGCCCAACAGAUCCGCGUCAACGCACUCGCCCCAGCUGGCAUCGUCACCCCAAUGUUUCAUCAGCUAUUCGAUGACGGGAUUGUUAAUGAGAUGGUGAUCACGCCUAACGCUCUUAACCGAGACGGUCAUGUGGAGGAGGUUGCACCGCUUAUCGCUUUCCUUCUCGGAGACGAGUCGAGGUAUAUCACCGGGGAGAUAAUCAAAGUUGAUGGAGGAAUGCUAUGUUAA